GCCAAAUAAUCUACUAGUUAAGUGUUUUCCUUAAUCAAGCAGAAACUUUAACAAUAAUUGACAAAAUUAUAAUUAUAAUUACGUAAUUAGCAGUUCUUUACGUUUCUAUUUUUCGCGUCAUUGACACUAAUCUAAUAAUCAAGUGUGGAAAACGUUUUAUUAAUUCUAAACAAAAACUGCUAACAACUCUCUCAAACAAAAAAAAAAAAUUUUCUUCUUGAAUAACUAAUCCGGAUAUUUCUGUUACGAUGGAAUCCUCUACUUUGCUCUUGGCUAUCCUGACAGCGGGUAUUUGCUUAUAUUAUUUUAUUCUAAGCAAGUUAUCUUACUUCGAACGAUUGAAGAUCCCCCAUGAGCGACCGAUUCCAUUCUUCGGUAACAUGGCGCCUUUUGUUUUUCGACGUAUAAGCUUUACGGAACAGCUACAAAGAAUAUACAACCUCUUCCCGGACGCAAAAUACUUCGGCUUCUACGAAUUUAUGACGCCGAACUACGUUAUCCGUGAUCCAGACCUGAUAUCCACGAUUGCCAUCAAACAGUUCGACAACUUCUGCGAUCAUCGUCCCCUCAUCAACAGUAUUCUCGAUCCGAUGGCCAGUCAAAAUCUGUUUGACCUGAAAGGAGAUCACUGGCGCGAAAUGCGAAAGCUUCUUAGUCCCAGUUUUACAUCCAGCAAAAUGAAGAUGAUGUUCGGACUUAUGUGCCAGUGCGCUGAAAAUUUAGUCAAUUUUGUAACAACGCAAUCCGGAGAAAUCGGCAAAACAUAUGAUGUAAAAGAUCUA